CGGCCUUGUUUUCUCACAGCCUGCGACUGCAACCUGCACGCCCGGAGGUGCCGCUUCAACAUGGAGUUGUACAAGCUAUCGGGGAGGACCAGUGGAGGCGUGUGUCUGGGGUGCCGACACAAUACCGCGGGCAGGUAUUGUCACUACUGCAAAGAAGGCUUCUACCGAGACACCUCCAAACCCAUCACUCAUCGUAAAGCCUGCAGAGCCUGCGAUUGUCACCCGGUUGGUUCUUCUGGCAAAACAUGCAACCAGACCAGUGGCCAGUGUCCCUGCAAGGACGGUGUGACGGGGGUCACCUGCAACCGGUGUGCCAACGGAUACCAGCAGAGCAGAUCGCCCGUGGCGCCGUGCAUCAAGAUACCGAAGGGGAUCGGCCGCAAAGACACUGGCAAGAACACAGGAAAGUGCGAUAAGUGCCGAGGCCCCGUCAAACGAGUCAACUUGAAAAAAUUCUGUCAGAGGGAUUACGUCUUUCAAGCUCGAUUUCAGUCGAAAAGCGGGGUUGGUCAAUGGCUGAGGUACGAGGUCCAGGUGCAACAGGUGUUCAAGGCAGGCCCCACCAAGCUACGACCCGGACUCAUCUAUCUUUGGUUAUCCGCAUCAGAUGUAGCGUGCAGAUGCCAUCCUUUACGACUACAGAAAUCCUACUUAAUUUUAGCUAACGAAUGGAUGGGAGCGAAGAGACGUGGAGGAUUGAGUCUGGCUUCGGACCACGUCGUCAUCGAAUGGAUGCAGGACUGGCAACGGAGAUUACGCAGAUACCAAAGGAGAGAGAGACAACAUCCACUCUGUAAAUACUAAAAUUGUUGCAAACGCGGCAACCGUUAUUCAUCAUUUGUCCGAAAAGAUAUUUGUAUUUGUCUACAAUAAAGUGUUUUCUGUUGUU